AUGUACAUUCAUGCGCUAAAAACCCAAAAAACUGGUAGGAAGAAAUUUUCUGUGUUUGUAGGUCUUAGUGCUGGUAAAAGGAGGAAGAGUACCUCAAAACAAGUUGUAACCCACAACAGCAAAAACAAUAACAAAUACGUCAACUUAGAGCAAGUGUUCGAGGAUUCAAAAAGUCGAAGUGUUAAUAAAUUGAUUGUACCUGAUAUAAUUAGAGCUAAGUCAACCCAUUUUACACUGAUUCCAAAGGAUGUCAUAGCAGAAUCUGUAGUUCCCGAACCUGAUCCAAACACAAAUGAACCGGUAUCACAUCCUCCUGAAUUGGCCUUUCAAUUAAACAAAAUAUUGUACCAACCAACUACUCUUCAUUUACUACAAGAUCAAAGAUCUGGCGUGUAUAACUUUGAUCCAAAGCUCGAGAAGAUUACUCCAAAUUUUUUGAAAUGUCGAGUUUUUAGCAAUGACAAAAGGGUACCUUUCUUCCUAACUCCACACAAGGAUAGCAGCCUACUAGCAGUUGCUAAAAAAUUCGACAAACGGUAUGUCUCUUCCACAAGUUCAAUGACCUCGAUUUUAUCGCAGCUACAUUUUCUUGUUUCGAACUUCAGGAAAUUAAAUAUUACUGACUCUUCCAUUUCGAAGAACUUUCCUCAAAAACAAUGUGAUUUUACCACUGCUGCACAAUUCCCAGCGUCAAUAAUUCUACGAAAAAAGCCAGAUGGAAUAAUAUCAAUCGACUCAGAUAAAACAUUAGAUAGAGAAAUUAUUUUAUCGAUCUUGGGUCAUUCAUUGGAAGAUUUUUUGACGAAGAAAAGAGAAAAUGACAAGAAUGCCUCUUAUCAUUAUAUGAAGAUUGAUGCUUUCAUGCUGAGGUCGCAAUUGGAUGCUUAUGAUUCCAAACUUCCUGGUUCAGGAAUUUUUGAUUUGAAAACUAGAGCUGUUACGGCAAUAAGGCACGACUUAUCCUAUGUAGAAAGUAAUAACAAUUUCACAGGAUAUGAGAUAGAUAAAGUAUACGGAAAGUUUGAGUCCUUAGAGCGAGAGUAUUUUGAACUAAUCAGAUCAACCCUUCUCAAAUAUGCUCUACAGGCCAGAAUUGGCAAUAUGGACGGUAUUUUCGUUGCUUAUCACAAUAUAUCAAAAAUGUUUGGUUUCCAGUAUUUACCAUUGGAGGAGCUGGAUUAUAUUAUACACUCUAGUAUCGAUUCAAAUUUCGCACAUAGACUUAAUAGAAAAGAAUCGGACCUUAAAAUGAUAUUUGGAGAUCUUGGUUACAUUUUACAUUAUCAAAGAAAGGAGAGGGAGAUUGCCAGUAAAAUUGCAGCUACUGAGUUUAAAAUUUCUCUAAUGUUAUUGAAACAUAUCCUUUCUUAUAUUGAAAAGCAGUUUGACAAUAAAUUUCACCCCUCUGACACUUGGAAUAACUGCAAAGUAAUGAUAAAGACAGAGAAAGCAAAGAGAAAAAUGCGUAAUGGUCAAAUUAUACAUUACCCUGUCCUCAAGGUAAUUGCAGUACCUCUUGCAAGUGACUACGAAGAUCAGCAAAUAAUCUCAUCUGGCUCUACAAAUGACAUGAUCGUUGAUCAAAUUCAGCAGUACAAUGCCAAAAUCAGGAAAGAUGCAACCUCCAGAUUUUUCAAAGAGAAGGCAGUGGGCCUGGAGAUUAGAUUAUUACAUAAAUUAGCGCAUCAUCCUGAUGCAUCGAAACUUCCUUCAUUUUUGAUUUCGAAUAAAGAACUUCUUACGACCGAACAGAUAGAGCGUAUAAAGGAUAUCCUGAGUAAAAAUUAUUAUCCAACUGUUCCAACACAUAAAUCUCCAAAUUUUUUUGAUCCCAGCGACAUCGAUAUGUGGGAAGUGAAUGUGACGAUGACACCAAUAGAUAAUUUACAAGAGCUACAAGACAUUUAUAUUCAAUAUAAUACGACCAAAACUAAGGCUCUUGAAAGCCAAAGUCUUGUUGUUGAUAGAUUUUCAGAUUUAAAUCAAGUAUCCACAAUCGACAAAGAAAUUACAGAAAUAUUACGGAAUCUGAGCCAUUCGAAGAAACUGGAAAACGAGCCAAGUAAAUAUCAAGGUGUAUUGCGGGCUUAUUCGUUAAAGGGCCUCAGAAGAACAAAAAAAAAUUCGAAGCAAAAAAUUAUGUGGAAUGACUGA